UAGAAGGAAGACUGUGAAUCUUCUUGUAAGAAGUCCGUGUGAAAGCCCCAUGGCGAUUAGUGCUGGGCUUCACCCACCACAUCCUGUGCACCUUCCUGCCCUACUGGACUCAGUCUCCACCCAGCUGCUCCACAUUCGCCUGGUAGGAUCAGUGCUAUGACCUCUACACUCACUGCCCUGGUCUACCUUGGGCUGUUCCUGAGCCAGACCGUCAGGACCGAGAAGCAGAAUCUUUCAAAACCCAUCAUCUGGGCCAAGCCAGAUUUCAUGAUUCCGAAGGGAAAGCAGGUGCUUAUCUUCUGCCAGGGGACUCCUGAGGCUGUGAAGUACCAGCUGUAUUUCGAGGGACACCUCUUUCUUCAGCAGAGCCCAAAACAACUUGGAAGGAGGAACAUAGCCAUGUUCCACAUCCCAGCCAUGACCCCACUCACUGCAGGGCAAUACAAGUGCAUUUACCGAAGCAAGAAGCUCUGGUCAAACCCUAGUGACCCUCUGGAUCUGGUGGUCACAGAAUUGUAUGACACGCCCACCCUCUCUGUCCAUCCUGGGCCUGAGGUGACUUCAGGAGAGAACGUGAGCUUCUACUGUCAGCUAGGCACUGCAACAAACAAGUUCUUUCUGCUCAAGGAGGGAAGAUCCCCUCACCUUCAGCACAGAUACGGGAACACCCAGGUGGAGUUCCCCAUAGGUCCUGUGACCACAGCCCACAGAGGGACGUACAGAUGUUUUGGCUCUUAUAACAACCAUGCAUGGUCCUUUCCCAGUGAGCCUGUGAAGCUCCAGGUCGCAGAUUUUGGGGACACCAGCCUUGCACCCACAGAGCACACCUCUUUUUCUGACUAUUGGGAUCUUGACUUGGUAACCACAGAGGCAGAAUUCGAGCAAGACCUUGCCUCCUGGGAUCACACUGCCCAGAAUCUCCUUCGGAUCAUUCUGGCUUUCCUGGUCCUGGUGGCACUCAUGUGCCUCCUGGCUGAAGACUGGCUUUGGAGGAAGAGGGCACAAGAGAAAGCCAACGGGGCUUCAAGUCAGGAACACAGGAGAAGGUUCAGAAGUCAGAGACGCCUGAACAAAUGACCAAGAGAUGUGCUGGUCCCAGGUAGAGCGGAAUGCUGGCCUUGACCCUGAGCUGAGCGAGCUCUGUGUUGUACCCAUGAAGGGGGUUUCUC